UUUAACCCAUCAUUACAACGCCAACUCAGACACACAAGCCUUAAAGCCAGCACCCUAAACAUUAACAAAUUCCAAAUUCCUUCUCCCUCUCACUCUCCUCUCCCCGUCCAUCUCCUCCGGAGUAUACCAUAUUCCGGUGGCGGGAACGAAAAUUCAACCGUUGGAACCACCUGGGUUUCUUUCUUUCUUACUUGAUUUGUGAUUAUUAUUGUCUUUGUUUGAAAGUUAGUUGGCUCUGUUAGUUAGUUUGGUUGGUUGGUUGGUUGGUUGGUUUAUUAUUAUUAUUAUUAUUAUUUUGGGACGGAAAUGGUGAUGAAAGUGGCGUCUCCGAGGAAGGCGUCGUUAACGGAGGUUUUGCAGAGAGUGUAUGGGAAUUUUAGCGCCAAUACUAGUACCGGGUAUAGUAACAACCACCACCACCAUCAUCAUCAUCAUCAACCCAAGAAAUAUUUGAUUCACGAGACUGAGAAUGAUUUUGAGGAGGAAGAUGGGACUAUGGAGCUGGUCCAGAUUGGCGCUGAAAGAACCAAGAAUGUAUUGAUCCUUAUGAGUGACACCGGCGGUGGCCAUCGUGCUUCCGCCGAAGCCAUUCGCGAUGCCUUCAAGCUGGAGUAUGGCGAUGAAUACAGGGUAAUCGUGAAGGAUGUGUGGAAAGAGUACACAGGUUGGCCAUUGAAUGACAUGGAAAGACAAUAUAAAUUCAUGGUGAAACAUGUACAGUUAUGGAAGUUUGCAUUCCAUGGUACCUCUCCAAGAUGGAUCCACAGCUGUUACCUAGCAGCCAUGGCUGCCUACUACGCCAAGGAGGUGGAGGCAGGUCUAAUGGAGUACAAGCCAGAUAUUAUCAUCAGUGUUCAUCCAAUGAUGCAGCAUAUUCCUUUAUGGGUUCUUAAAUGGCAAGGUCUGCAAAAGAAAGUGAUUUUCGUCACGGUGAUUACGGAUCUUAACUCCUGCCAUCGUACAUGGUUUCAUCCUGGAGUCAGUAGAUGCUACUGCCCUUCAAAGGAGGUUGCCAAGAGAGCUUCACUUGAUGGCCUUGAAGAUUCUCAAAUCCGUGUUUUUGGCUUGCCCAUCCGGCCUUCUUUUGCCCGUGCAGUUCUUUCCAAGGAUGAACUAAGAGAAGAGCUCCAGAUGGAUCCUAAUUUGCCUGCAGUUUUGCUAAUGGGAGGCGGUGAAGGUAUGGGUCCUGUUAGAAAAACUGCAGAGGCUCUAGGAGAAUCACUUGUUAACAAGGAGUUUGAUAAGCCAAUUGGCCAAUUGAUUAUUAUAUGUGGGCGAAAUAAGGUUCUUAAAUCUACGCUAGAAUCUAUGGAUUGGAAGAUCCCAAUUAAGGUUAGAGGAUUUGAGACACAGAUGGAGAAAUGGAUGGCAGCUUGUGACUGCAUAAUCACAAAAGCUGGACCUGGUACAAUUGCCGAGGCAUUGAUUAGAGGCCUUCCUAUUGUUCUCAAUGACUACAUUCCUGGACAAGAAAAGGGCAAUGUGCCUUACGUAGUAGACAACGGAGCCGGUGUCUUCACCAGAAGUCCUAAAGAAACUGCAAGAAUUGUGACAGAAUGGUUUAGCACGAAGACGGACGAACAUAAGAGGAUGUCAGAAAAUGCACUUAAGCUAGCACAACCGGAGGCAGUGUUCGAUAUUGUAAGAGACCUUCACAAUCUUGCCCAAGAGCGUGGUCCUCUAGCGAAUAUGCCCUAUGAAUUGACAUCAUCAUUCACAAGUCUAAUUUGAUUGAUAUAUCAAUCUAUAUCUUCCACUAUAUUACAAUCUAUCACACCAAGGUCCCACUGCAAUGCAUGUACAGCUAUCUAAAAUAGUAACAUUCUUUGUCCUCGGGGGAUUCAAACACCAGAAAUGAGGUGUAAAAUUCUGGGAAGCAUGCUCUUAUAUCAAUGGGGGAAAAGCAGGUUUGGGGGAGAGGAGGGGAGGGUUUUGGGGGAAGGACUUUGAACGCAAAAUGUGACGUGUGAUUCUAUUAAGCGUGCUCUGAUGUUUGAAAAGGUUAUGAUUUUAGGGUAUUAGUUUUGGGAGAAGUUAGGAUUGUUGUGAAAAUUAUGUUGUAAUUUAUUCAUAAUAAUCAGUGUUUCUGUAUGUGUUAUGUUAUUACUUGAAGUUUUGUUCU